AUGACGGCCGGCCAAGGCGAGACCGAGCCGCUCCUGGCACCCCGGCCGCAACCCAGCGAUGCCGCCGAGGAAGAGUUAGCGAAAUCUCUUGUUGUCGCCAAACCACGCAGCGCAUGGCAUCUCGUACUUCUCGCUAUCGGGAUCGGUGGCCUGCAGGUUGCAUGGUCGGUGGACAUGUCGAGCGGGUCGCCUUACCUCUUGUCGCUGGGGAUGAGCAAGGUUUUGCUCGGUUUCGUACGGCUAGCGGGCCCCGUUAUGGGGAUCGUGGUGCAGCCGUACGUGGGAAUGUUGAGCGACAAGUCCCGGUUCACCUGGGGACGGCGGCGGCCGUUCAUCGUUGCGGGGACGAUAUGGUCGAUUACGUCCAUCAUGUUCCUCGCUUGGGUGAGCGAGAUUGUGACAGCAGUAGUCGGGGGACAGCAGGGCAAUUCUGGUCAGGGCGUUGGCAUUCGCAGCACACUCAUUGUCGACACGGCGCCGGACCAGCAGGAGGCGGCCAACGGCAUGGCGUCCCGAGGCAUCGCGGUGGGAAACAUUGUGGGAUUCCUCGCAGGCAGCGUGGACUUGAUGGAGUGGCUACCGCCGUGGCUGGGCAACACGCAGUUCCGGGUCCUCUGCGCAUUUGCGAGCCUGAUCCUCGCCGCGACAAUCCUGACUACCGUCUUGUGCAUUCACGAGUCGCCCGGAGGCGCUUCUGCCAAGACUGCCGGCGGCACCGAGGAAGGGGAGAUUUUUCCUCGCGGCCCUCACGGGAGCAGCGACGGCGGGCAUGCCCCUCAAGUCAUCGGUCUUGGGGGAUACCUCUCCGAGACGGCCAACGUGGUGGCGGGGUUAUCGGAGCAGAUACGCAAGCUCUGCGCGGUGCAGUUGUUUGCGUGCUUCGCCUUUACCCGGUGCUCUUCUACGCGUCAAUGCCUCACAUUGAAGCGAGCCUGGAUCGCGUCCUUGAUGCUUCUAUCGGGGAUCCUCUGCCUAGCGCCGUUUGUGAAGACAGCCGAGGUCGCUUCGUAUCUUGUAGCCUCGCUAGGAUACACGUGGGCCAUUUUUGCAUGGGCGCCCUUUGCCAUCAUCGGGGCGGACCGGCGAGAAGCGGAAAUGGCGGCCCGCCUCGCGGCCUCGGAGCGCCCCUUGCUCUCCGGGGAUGGGGACGGAAGCGGACAGGGCGGUCGCAGGCGCCUCCGUAGGCGGCUCCGAGGAAGUGACGCCGAGCGCGCUCACCCUGCAGCGGUGUGCGGGUCGGACGAGCAGGACCGUGCAGGGGCAAUCUUGGGCAUCCAUAACAUGGCAAUGUGCACGGCGCAGCUCGCAUCGACAGGAGUGGCCCUCAUCGUGUUUGGCAUCUGGCAGCAGCCUCGCGGGACGCCCAGGGAUCACAGCUUGGGAAUUAUUUUGGGGGUCUCGGGUGUUGCCGGUCUGGUGUCAGUCUGGGUGGCCCGGGGAUUCGCGGCAGGGUAG